AUGGCAACCUUGGGCAAGGUAGAAGUGGAUAUCAACCUGCUGGUGCAACUUCAAGAACAACUCAUCCAGAGUGCCAAGGCCAUUGGUGAGCAACUGGAAUCGACGGAUUUGGAGGCUCCACUCUCAAAGGUCAAGCGAGUAUCACAGGUAUCUACCGAUGCGACAAUUCCAAAUACUUCAGUGCAAGGCUUUUCAACCACACCUCGCCUGGAUGAGAAGCCAGAAAAGUUUGAGCUGCAGCCAAAUGGUGUGCCCAUGCUGACCACCACGGCUCCGAAACGGCACUCCAUGCUUUCCUCCAAAAGCUCGGUCUCAAGCAUAACCUUGGAAGAUGCAGGCUGCAGCCGAAUGCUGGACGAGUGGCGAGAGAAGUUUGUGCUUGCCCAGCAGGAAGCGAUUGACAUCUACUCGGAGAUGCAUCGUCAAGACGCCACCCCGAAGAAAGCCUUCACGCGGCGGCACAGCCACAUUGUUUGGACGUUCGAGGGUUUGCUGCCAACGGCCAGCGACUUCAAUUUGGCAAUUGCUUUCAAUCCCAAGGAGUUGCUGCGAUUGUGGCGGUUGACCUGGGACUUUCUGACCAUUGUUUUGGUGGCCAUUGAUGCGUUUGUUUUGCCCAUCCGCCUGGCAUGGCCAGAGCGUUUUGCCGACGGUGGCUAUGUGCAGAGUUUCUACCAGGUGACUCCAGUCUUUUGGGUCAUUGACAUCCUGAUGAACUUUGCAAUGGCAGCUCUUUCGCAGAACAAGACGAGAGUUCUCCUGACAUAUGCCUGUACAUGGCUUUGGUUCGAUGUUGGUUUGGUGGUCUUGGAUUUCGUCCUUUUGCUGCAGAUGGUGCCAGAGACCUUCAAGUCCUUGACACUCCUUCGGUUGUUUCGAUUUGCCAAGUUCAAACACGCAAUGGUAGAGUUGGAGAGUUUGCUGGAAGCACGAGGGAUGAUUCGAGCGAAGCACAUCUCGACGAUUCUGCAAUGUGUGAUCUUCAUUUUGGGUGUGAACCAUGUCUUGGCAUGCGUCACGGUUUACGUGGCAAAGCGAGAGCAGUUCUAUCAGCGUGUCAACUGGAUGGACGAGAAUCAAGUUAUGAGCAACGAUCUGCUUUUUCAGUAUAUGAUCUCCUUCAAUUGGGUGAUUGCAGAGUACACUCCAGCACCGUAUCCCUUUACCGCGACCAAUGAGCUGGAGCAAGGGUUGGUGCUGGCCAUCAUCCUGACGUGUUUGCCCAUGCUGGGAGCACAGAUUGGAAUCAUCAGCGGCACCUUGACUAAGAUGAAUGAGAAGAGCAAGGAGCGAGAGACAGUGAAACGAGACCUGCAACGGUGGCUGCGAAAGACCCGAGCGCCGAAAGAACUGACACAGCGCGUUGUUGCGGCGUUGGACGAAGUGCUGAAGUCGGGCGAAAACCCAUUGGACUUCCGUGAGCCUGUCGCAUUGGAUUUCUUGCCUACGACGUUGAUUCAAGAGCUGCAUAUGGUGAAUACCAGCCACAAGCUGUUCAUUCACCCCCUCUUCAGCAUGCUAAUGGAUGAAAGACUGGAGUUUGGCGGACGUUUGGCUUCGUCCUUCCAGUCAAAGGUCUACAUCCAAGGUGAGGCAAUUUUCAGUCAAGGACGGCGAGCUGAAGGCAUCUACAUCACUACACAUGGGGGGUUCUCGUUUCAGCCGUCGAAAAGUGACAGCUCUCAUUUCAAAAGCCGCAAGAACAAAAGCGUGCACUGGAACAAUGAGAGCUGGUUCGCUGAAGCUUGGCUCGAUUCAGAUGCCUACUGUCGCAGGGUCGAUUGCAGGGUCCUUUGA